AUGUUGGUACUUGCUACUCUUGCCCUUGCGACUACCGCAAUCGCUGUGCCCAACAUUCUUCCCAAAUCGACACCUCGCUAUGAUUUUAUCAUCAUUGGUGGGGGCUCCAGUGGUCUCGUCAUUGCCAAUCGCUUGAGCGAAGACCCUAAAAUCUCUGUUGCCGUGAUCGAGGCUGGUGAUCAAGUCUUCAAUAACACGAAUGUCACUAGUGCUUCUGGCUAUGGCAAGGUCUUUGGAACGCAAAUCGACUGGGCGUAUGAGAGUGAAGCUCAGGUCUAUGCUGGCAACAAGACUCAAACCUUGAGAGCUGGUAAAGCUCUUGGAGGCACUAGCACAAUCAAUGGAAUGACUUACAUGCGUGCCGAGAGCAGUCAGAUUGACAGCUGGAAGAAGGUUGGCAACAACAUCACCUGGUCUUCCCUGCUGCCAUACUACAAGAAGAGUGAAUACUUUGAAUACCCUACAGAGGCUCAGAUCUCUAUGGGUGCAUCUUACCUGCCCGAGUUCCACGGCACUCAAGGUCCUCUCUCUGUGAGCUGGCCCACUGAGAUGGUCGGCAACAACUUCUCAUCCACUUUGAAUACCACAUUCAAGGCUUUGGAUCUGCCUUGGAAUGGAGAUGCAAACUGCGGGUACAUGCGUGGAUACAACGUCUUCCCCAAGACCUUUGACCGAGAGCUGGAUCUUCGUGAGGAUGCUGCUCGUGCCUACUACUACCCAUUCGCCACCAGACCCAACCUCGAUGUCUACCUUAGUUCAUUCGCUCAUCGGUUGACAUGGUCGAACGAUAACUCCUCGGUCGCAUUCGCCAAUGGUGUGGUCUUUACCGACAAGUCAGGGAAAGAGCAGAGACUCUUGGCUACCAAGGAGGUCAUCUUGUCUGCUGGAUCUUUGAGAUCACCUCUUCUUCUUGAGCUUUCUGGUGUUGGUAACCCAAACGUGCUCGAGAGCCUCGGCAUCGAAGUCAAGGUCGACUCACCUUUCGUUGGUGAGAAUCUCCAGGACCAGACCACUGUCGACACGGAUUAUACUGCUAAAGCGAACUUCACUGGCGCCGGUGGCUUCAUUGGGUACUUCAAUGCCACCGAUGUUUGGGGAAACAGCACUGCAGCAUUCAGCAAGGCCGUUAAGGCAUCCCUCGAGCAAUACGCAAACAGAACGGUCCAGGCUACUGGCGGUAUCACCGACCGUGAGACCCUCUUGAAGCUGUUCCAAAUCCAGCACGAGCUCAUUUUCGAAGACGAGGUUGUCAUUUCGGAAGUCAUUGUGAACGCACCUUCAUCUGGCAGCGGCCUCCUCGAGUACUGGGGUCUUAUGCCCUUCUCUCGUGGCAACAUUCACAUCAAGUCUGCCAAUGCCUCCGCUCCUGCCGCGAUCAAUCCUAACUUCUUCAUGCUCGACUAUGAUCUCAAGCAGCAGAUCGGCACUGCGAGAGCCGCAAGAAAGAUUGCCACUACCGCGCCUCUGAGCAACAUUCUGACUUCAGAGACCACUCCUAGUUUCGAUGUGGUCCCUCUCAACGCUACUGACGCUGUCUGGGGUGACUGGCUGAAGUCGGUUUACCGGUCCAACUACCACUACAUCUCUACUGCUGCUAUGAUGUCCAAGGAGCUUGGUGGAGUUGUUGGUGACGAUCAUCUCGUUUACGGCACUGCCAAUGUUCGUGUGGUCGAUGCCUCGGUCAUUCCCUUCCAAGUUUCGGGUCAUCUGGCCUCAACUUUAUAUGCUCUUGCUGAGAGAGCUGCUGAUAUCAUCAAGGCCAGCCACUAA